AUGACAAUUGCUGCAUAUGCGUAUGAAGCUGACAGAGCUAAACGUUUAUAUUUUGGUCAAUACUCUCUCACACUUACUGACAAAUAUAUUGUUAUCAGUGAUGGAAAUACCGAGAAAUACAUAACAUGGAAGGACUAUGAAAAGUUUGACCCUAUUUUAACUCCAUGUACAAUGCCAUUCAUUGUAAAUGGUGAAGUUGUCAUGAAGAACGACACAACAGUAUAUAAGUCUGUAUAUGAAGCAUUAGAAUAUAUGUUGAAUUAUAAUCCCGAAAGAUUUGACCCAAGCACUACACCAUGUGCAAUGCCUUUUAUUAAGGACGGUGAAAUCGUAAGAGUUCCGGAUUCAACGGUUUAUACUGCUGUUCAAAACAGUUUACAAAACAUUUUAGCGAAUAUCUUUAAUUCAGAAACUACAGAAAUAAAAUUACCAUAUAUAACAGAUGCUAAAGAAAUUAAAUCAAAAACGACAACAUUAUUUACGUCACUUAAUGAUUUAAUGACUUAUAUCAUUAAUAUUCCUGCACCAACUACAGCAUUUGA